CCGCGCGGCGGGGACGCGCGGGGAUCGCGAUCCGGAACCGUCCGCCGAGCGAGAGCAGCGCCCCCGGCCCGGAGCUCGCGGCGUGGAGAUCGGCGGUGGGGCAAAGAAGCCCCCGUGAGCCGAGGACGCCAUGGCCACGUCGGCCCCACUGCGCAGCCUGGAGGAGGAGGUGACCUGCUCCAUCUGCCUGGACUACCUGCGGGACCCCGUGACCAUCGACUGCGGCCACGUGUUCUGCCGCGUCUGCACCAGCGACGUGCGCCCGGCCCCGGGCGGCCGGCCCGUCUGCCCACUCUGCAAGAAGCCCUUCAGGAAGGAGAGUAUCCGGCCCGUGUGGCAGCUGGCCAGCCUGGUGGAGAACAUCGAGCGGCUGCAGGUGGACAAGGACAGGCAGCCCGGAGAGGGGGCCCGGGAGCAGGCGGACGGCAGGCUGUGCGAGCGGCACCGCGAGAAGCUGCACUAUUACUGCCAGGACGACGGCAAGCUUCUGUGCGUCAUGUGCCGCGAGUCUCGGGAGCACCGGCCCCACUCGGCCGUCCUCGUGGAGAAGGCUGCCCAGCCCCACAGGGAGAAGAUCCUGAACCACCUGAGCACCCUCAGGAGAGACAGAGACAAGAUUCAGGGCUUUCAGGCAAAGGGAGAAGCCGACAUCCUCACUGCCCUGAAGACGCUCCAGGACCAGAGGCAGGACAUAGUGGCUGAGUUUGAGCAGAGCCACCAGUUCCUGAGGGAGCGGGAGCGGCACUUGCUGGACCAACUGGCGAAACUGGAGCAGGAGCUCACAGAGGGUAGAGAGAAGUACAAGACCAAGGGUGUCUCAGAGCUGGCCCGGCUAGCGCUGCUCAUCUCUGAGCUGGAGGGCAAGGCCCAGCAGCCAGCAGCAGAGCUCAUGCAGGACAGCAGGGACUUCUUGAACAGGUAUCCGCGGAAGAAGUUCUGGAUUGGGAAACCCAUUGCUCGAGUGGUAAAAAAAAAGACAGGAGAAUUCUCAGAAAAAGUGCUGUCUCUGCAGCGAGGACUAAGAGAGUUCCAAGGGAAGCUGCUUAGAGACUUGGAAUACAAGACGGUGAGUGUCACCUUGGACCCGCAGUCGGCCAGCGGGUACCUGCAGCUGUCAGAGGACUGGAAGUGUGUGACGUACAGCGGCCUGUACCAGAGCACUUACCUGCACCCACAUCAGUUUGACUGUGAGCCGGGUGUGCUGGGAAGUAAGGGCUUCACCUGGGGCAAGGUGUACUGGGAGGUGGAGGUGGACAGGGAGGGCUGGUCCGAGGAGGAGGAGGAGGGGGAGGAGGAGGAGGAGGGGGAGGAGGAGGAGGAGGAGGAGGAGGCCGGCUACGGGGACGGGUACGAAGACUGGGAGACAGAUGAGGACGAGGAGUCUUUGGGGGAGGAGGAGGAGGAGGAGGAGGAGGAGGGGGAGGAGGUCCUGGAAAGCUGCAUGGUGGGGGUGGCCAGAGACUCUGUGAAGAGGAAGGGAGAUGUGUCCCUGCGGCCAGAGGACGGGGUAUGGGCCCUGCGCCUCUCGUCUGCGGGCAUCUGGGCCAAUACUGACCCCGAGGCUGAGCUCUUCCCUGCGCUGCGGCCACGGAGGGUGGGCAUCGCCCUGGACUACGAGGGGGGCACCGUGACCUUCACCAACGCCGAGUCACAAGAGCUCAUCUACACGUUCACGGCCACCUUCACCCGGCGCCUGGUGCCCUUCCUGUGGCUCAAGUGGCCUGGGACACGCCUCCUGCUGAGACCCUGAGCCCCGCGCCUCCCCCGGCCCAUGACCCCCGACGCCCCCCUCCCCUGGGAGCCCUGGACUGUGCUGGGAACGGGGUGUCUGGCCAUCGCACCUGGAGCAGGUGGGCCCCGCCCCCCCAUGGCCGGGGCCCGUGGAGGCUCGCUCAGUGCUGCUGCUGUGCCAUACAGCCGUAGUCAGGCUCUUCCCCCAGCCCCCGGGGCUCCCCAUGCACACUUCCAACCCGAGGGCCACGGGGCCCCUCUUCUGCCCACUGCCUUUGACCCAGCUCUGCACUCUCCAUGCUGAGUUAGAGGAGAAGCAGUGUUUUGCUGCCCCGUCCAGCAUCCCAUGCUGACUCUUCCUAGGAAAAAGCAGGUGACUGUGAGGCCCAAUCCACAUGCUUCCCGCUUGCCCAGACCCUCUCUGCUGCCUGCGUUCCCCAGCACUUGAGACAGCCGCACUGCCCCCCAGCUCAAGAGUCUCAAGCACCCACACGCACGCAAGUGGACAGGGCAAAAGCCCGCCACGGUUUCCGGGCUGCGUAAUAAGCCUCCUGGAGUGCCGCGGAGUCGAGGGUCAGCAUGGGCUCCAUGCUUCUCCAGGAGAGAGCUGAGCGUCUGAUGUGUGUGCAUUGAAGAAGGCGGGACCCCCUGGAGGACCUGUGGACUUGGGGGAAGGAUCUGCGUACGUGUGGCUUUGGUUCACCACUUGUGACCGGUGAUCAAUAUAACCCGUGGGUGUGGCCACAGGAGGCAGAUUGUCCAGGGCGUCCAGAAUAUCCUCCUCUUGACCAGUCCUCUAAAAGCACCAGGGCCAAUAUCCGCUGCAGCCACACCUGGAAUCCGGUCCCCUCCCUGGAAGCCUGGACAAGUCUGCUGCAGGCUACGAAGCAGGAAGCCUGUGUCGCGCCUGACUCCACACACACAGUCUGUUCUCCUGGGAGAAGGGCGGUGGUGGGCACAGGAGAGGUCACCGGGUCCUCGGGUCAGGAGGAGGUUAGAGCCUGGCCUCGUACGCCCAGGCCCAGCCCUGUCCCAGCCGGUGUCCAGGGCCCUCUCGUGGCCAACCCCACAGCCUGCCAGCAGCCUGCCCCAGAGACCACGUGUCCCCAGCCACUGGCCUCCACACUGUCUGGGACUUGCCCCGUGCAUGUGUCUCGUGCUGCCGGGUCACACAUCCACCUGAUCCUGCCUCUAGGGUUGUAAGGUCCUGGAGGGUGGAGACCGUGUCUUCUCCUCUGCACUCCCUGCGGCACCGCCUGCAGUGUGGGCACAUAGUAGGUGCUUAAUAAAAACUUGAUGAAUGAGCAGCCUGGGUUUACACAUAUUUUAUUAUAACUCAGAUACCCCCAGACCUUCUUAGUCUGGCUACAGAGAGGUUCCACGGACAGUGGCCCCAGGCUUUGCUCCCCCACCCCUUCUGGGACGUGUACCUGCAGCUCUGCCCACCAUUUGCUCACACACUCUGCACGUAACACUGUCCUCUGUACACACACUCUUUGUUCACAGGCUGUUUGCACACACGCUGUUGUCUGCACAUACAUUCUUUGCACAUACGCUGUUUGCUCACACACUGUCUGCACACACUGCUCACACAUUGUUUGCAGACACUGUUUACUCACACGCUGUCUGCACACACUUUGCUCUCAUGCUGUUUGCACACACACUGCUUGCUCACACGCUGUUGCACACGCGCUGUCAUUUCUGCUCCCCCAGACAAAAGCCCCCUUACCUCCCUUCCCACGGGGCCAGCCCUUGGUUGAGCCCCAGCAUCCGCAGAGUGCAUGAUGGGGCCGUGAGAAGGUGACAUUGGUGGCACUCCCAGAAUCUUUCCUCAGAAAAUAAGCAGUGCCCAAAGGAAAUACAGCAGAGACUCUGUCCUGCUGUGUGACACAUUCAACUCUCUGGUUCUGGCCUCUUUCUGAUUUUUUUAAACUGCCAUAUUAAAGGUGGAAACGGAAGAGUGGGAUAAAGCCCCUUCAAGAUCUCGUUUAUGACUCAUUUGGGUUCUCCCUUUUUAUUUUAAUUGUUCUUUUUACUCUUCUUUCCAAAUACAGUUAUGCAAAAUGUGUCAAUUAUAGACAUACAAUGUGCGGUAUCAAUUAUAAUAAGGUCAGUUAAUCUGCAUUUGAGUCCUGAGAGACAAUAAUCACCAGCAUAUUCUUGAAAUUCUUGAAAAUUUAUUUUGUUGAUUGAUGUGAAUUGUUCCCUGAAAUUAUACUCUACUAAUCUUUUAUUUAUGGAAAAUUUUCAUAAUUCUCAAAAUGCCUUUUCUCCUUUCUUGGAAAGAAUUUUUAUAUAAUGAGGUUUCUGAAAUGUUUUAAGGUGAUCAUUGUAUAAUUAAAAGCUCAUAGUUAUUAAAUAGGGAACAUUUCCAUUUGAACAAAAUAUGAAUGCUUUCAGGUCAUUGUUGCUUUACCGAGUCUCACAAGGGUCAUACUUCCAGGAUAAUCUGUAGACGAGCAAGUGUCAACAUAAAACGGCCUUGCAAAGUCAUAAACAAAACUGCAUACUGGGUGACACCAUCUUAGAACAGAAAGUUACCAGCAGGGUACUUACUCAGCAAGUUCUCUUGAACCUUUCUAUUUUGUAAGUAGUUUUUAUACGUGAGCUGCAACUACACAUAUGGUCCAAUCUACCUUCCGUGUUCCCACAAAGGAGAAAGAACACUGCCUGCCCUCCCACCCCCCACGGCAGGAGGGGGUCGAGCUCUGGGCUCCCUUCCCACCCACCCUGAGCUCAGGCAGCUGAGUCCGGUGUCUGUGAAAGCAGUUCACACCUGGACCACUGGCAAACGUGGCUGCUUUUCCUUCCUGUGCGGCUUCGUCUUCCCUGCUGUAAUUGCCUUUUUCUCCCCUUUUGCUUCAUCUCCUACAUCCUUGUUACUAACUGAACCCCAAAGACUUGGCUGGGCGUCAGGGUCCCUCAGGGUGCCCACUUCCCAGGUUCUCUUCUCAAUGCUGUUUCUGCCGCCUCCUGACCUUCAGUCUGGGAUGGCUGCCCCUCACCUGUGCCCCUCACCUGUGCCCAGCCUCCUGGCUCUCCCUUCUCUGCCAUAUUGGAACCCUGGCUUUGGUUUCGUUUUCUUAUCCUAUUUUUUCCCUCUUCUUCAUUUACUUCCUUCUGAUGAAACAUCACCCCCUAGCUUCCUGAGAAAUGGGGCAUGUAAGUUGAGUUUUUGAAUAUGUAAACAUCGGGAUGUAUGUGUCCAACCUUCCCCCACCAUGGUGCUAAUUAACUCAGUGGACCCUGUCAUUCUAGAAAUUCAUAAGCUUUCGGUUCUGGGAAACAUUACUGAAUUAUUUCUUGAUGGUUUUUCUCUCCUUCAUUUUCUCUGUUCUCUCAAGUCUAUUCUUUGCCGCCUUCGUAUAGCUCCUGAAUUCAUUUACUGAGUGCCUGUGAGAAGCCAGGAUGUGUCUAGGUUACAAUAGCAAUAAAGUAAACAAAGUCCCUGCAUGGAGUUGAUAUUCUAGUGGAGGGUAAUGGGCAGUGAGUGAGAGUAGAAAAUACAACAGCAGUUAGCACCCUGCAGAGACCUAAGAUAGGAGGAUGAUGUGUAGUAAGCCAGAUGGUCAGCGCCUCUCUCAGAAGGUGGCAUUAAAGCUGAAAUCCAAAUUCUGAGAAGGAAUUCUAGGAUGGCACCAGCCAGAGUCACAAGGCAGGGACAAGCUGGGCACAGAAAGAUGGGGUGUCUGGAGUGUGAUAUUGGAGAGCAGGGAGAGGUCAGCAGAGGCGACUCAUGUCGGACCAUGUGAGCCUGAAGUCAGCACUGGGGAGGGGCUGUGCUGACCCCUGGGGUGAGUGUGACAUCAGCACCGGGGAAGGCCGUGCUGGCCCCUGGGGUGAGAGUGAAGGUCAGCCCUGGGGAGGGCCAUGCUGACCCUAGGGUGAGCUGACCCCUGGGUGAGAGUGAAGUCAGCAUGGGGGAGGGCCGUGCCGGCCCCUGGGGUGCCCCAGCACCUGCCAGAGGGCCAGGCAGAGGAAGGACGCAGUAGCCAGCCAGGUGAGAAGGAGCCCAGCGAAGCAGCAGGUGGAACUGGAGAGGUUAGAUGCUUCGGAUUAAUAAAUAAACCUUUCAGGCAUUUAUACUUUUAGAAAACAUGAUUAUUCAGUUAUUACCUGAGCAGUUAUUGUCUGGCAAGAAAAUCAUGUAAUAAAGCAGGCACUGUACAGACUAAAAGUCUCACCAGAUUCUACAGACUGCAGUCGUAACAGCUGGAGCUGAGGAACCCUGGAAGAAAGCCUUGUUACGGCCAACAUUGGCAAGAUCAGCUCUACGACAGCAGAGCACAGAGCGCGUGGUCGUGGUUAGAGGCUUCCCUGCAGCCCCACACCCUGAAUGCUGAUGUUGCCGUGGACACCCAUGGCCAGACCCCCCUCAGAACAGGCAGGAGAGGUCCCCAAGCCCUAGCACGAGGAUUCCACAGGUUAGGAGCAGGGGAACAGGGCAGAAAGAGAAGGUCAAAACUUAGACAUGGAAAAAAGUUUGAAACAAAUCGGGGGUGGGGGGGGGGCAGGCCUGCAAUGUUUUGCUCUGACAAGGAUACUCAUGUCUGGCUUUGGUACCUAGGUCCUCGUCACUCUUUUCCUAAUGUUCCACGAAUGUUCAAAAAGACUGUUUCCUGUUAAGUCUACGGUUCCACAUGUGAUCAUUAGAUGAACUUUAUUUUGUUAUUCCAAUACACUGUAUCUUUAUUCCGAAAAUCUUAUUUAGUGCCUCAAAUAUUCUAUAUAUCUUUACAAUUUUUUUUGCCUUUGAGUAUCAGUGACUGAAAGAAAUAUGUUUUAAAAUCUGCUAUUAAGUUCUUUUUGUAACUGACCAUGAAUUGUUAGAUGUGUUAGAGCUUAGAAUUGUUAGUUUCCAGAUAAAUUGUUCCUUUUACCAGAAUGCAGUGUCCCUGUUUCUUGCACCAAAUAAUACUUCUUGCAUUGAAGUAUGUUUUCUCUGAUAGUAAUACAGUUACAUCAACUUUCCCAUCACUAUCAUUGCCCAGUAUAUUAUUUUUAAUCUUUUUUUGUACUUUUUUUUUUUUUUUAUCUUUGUUGGGUUGGUUAAGUUUUCUUUAUUCCAUUGUUUCUCCUCUCCUGGUUUGGAAGUUACAUAUUUUCUUUCUCUUUAUCUGUAAAAUUUUACAUGCAUACUUGAAUUAACAAAAAAUAAAGCAUAUCAAUGUCCCUCUGUCCUUCCAGCAACAGAAGACCUUGGAAAGUUUUAACUGGGAACACACCUUCAUCUACAUGAUGGUAUUAUUCACAGCUUUGUCCCACAUCUGUGUUGUUUCAAGUCUCACACUGUGACAACAGUGCUGCUAAGUGGGCACCUGACUUUCGCUCAGGUCAUGAUCUUGCAAGUUUGUGAGUUCGAGCCCUGCGUUGGGUGAGCUGGAGCCCCAUUUCUGGUAAAACAGGAGCCCUGUGUGAGCCCCACUUUCUCUCCCCCCCCCCCUUGUGAGAGUCUCUGUCUCCCUCUCUCUCUUUCUCUGUCUACCCCUCGCUCACUUACACCCUGUCUUUCUCUCUCAAGACAAAACAAACAAACAAAAAAAAAGGCGCCUUGGUGGCUCACUCGGUUAAGUGUCUGACUUCGGCUCAGGUCAUGAUCUUGCAGUUCGUGGGUUCAAGCCCCGCGUUCCACUCUGUGCUGACAGCUCAGAGCCUGGAGCCUGCUUCAGAUUCUGUGUCUCCCUCUCUCUGUCCCUCCCCUGCUCAGGCUCUGUCUCUCUCUCUCUCUCAAAAAUAAAAAUAAAAUAAAAUAAAAAACCACUGCCGCUAAGUAUAUUUCUGCAUCCCUCCGGAUGUAUAUGCAAGGGUUUAUCUGGAUAUACACAUAAGUGGAAUUUGGGCCAUAAUGUGGUAUGUUUUCCUUACCAGGUGUAUGUUGGCUUUACCAAGGUGAUGCCAAAGUGGUUUUGGAAGUGGUUGCAUUAGUUCAUACUCACGCUGGUAUCUGAACUUCCUCACUGCUCUUUGUGUUUGGUAGCAUCAGCCCUGGAAGCCUGUGCCCAGCGGCAGGUGUAACAAUCUCACUGUGGCUGUCGUUUGCGCUUCCUGGUUUGCUAAAGAUGGUGGCUUUGGGUUUCCUCUCUGGGUUCUGCCUGCUCACGUCUUUUGUAUGUUUCUCUGCAGUUCUCUUGCAUCUUGACAUGCAGUUUUUAUUACUCUGGAUCCUAGUCUUUUGUCAGUUACAUGUAUAUAGUCCGUGUCUUUUCCUAGUUUAUGACUGACCUCUUCACUCUCAUCUGCUGUCAUGAUCAGAAGUUCUUAACUGUAAUGCUGGGGAAUUGAUAGAUCUGUACGUUUGUGGUGAGUGCUUUAUUCACUUAUUUACUUACUGGUCUUACGAGAUCUUCCCUUACCCCCAGGUCCUGGGGAUAUUCUCCUGUCUUACCUUGUAAACGUUUUACAGCAUUUCCCUCACACUUUGAUGUGUAACUUACCUGAAAACAGUCGUGUGCACUCUUUGUUUUGAAUGCCUCCAAGUAGUCCCUGUUACCGCUGGUCUAUAGAAUUAAUGCUUCUUUAUGUUUGCUCAUGUUUACCGGUUCUGAGCUGCCAGACAACAUUGGCAGCAGCAGCAUCGCCGAGUCUUACCCUGAGCCAGGCAGUGUGCCCAGCACCAUCACGUGUGGUGAGAUAGUAAGACACAUAUAUAUAGGUCUCUGCCCCCAGUUCCUGGCGCAGAGCUCCUAAAACCCUCGCAAUUUCCUAAGUGCAAAGAGCAUUAGGAGCACCUCUUGUUCUGAUGAGGGGACUCUGGGUGGGCUUCUGGGUGGGGGCUGGUCACCAGAAAGGCCAAACCAUGAUUAGAAGCUUGGAAUCCUCGACCCAUCCCGUACUCUCCAGAAAGGGAAGAAGGACUGGAAAUGGAGUUAAUAAUUCAUCCUACCCGCAUGAGGGAGUCUCCAUAAAACCCAGUAGUACAGGGUUGAGGAAGCUUCCAGGCUGGUGAAUACACCCACACCUGGAGGGUGCUGCACCCCAAGUCCAUGGGGACAGAAGCUCCCAUGCUCAGGACCCCAUGCAUUCCCUGUGUCUGUUCAUCUGGCUGUUCAUAUGAACCCUUUAUCAUGUCCCUAAAUAAACUAGCAAACAAAUCAGUGUUUAUCCGAGUUCUGUGAGCCACUCUAGCAAAUUAAUGGGACCCAAGGAGUGGUCAGUCAGAAGCACAGGUGAUAAUCUCAGCAUCUGAAGUGGGGGUGGAGGGACAGUCUUGCGGGACUGAGCCCUCCCCUAACCUGUGGGAUCUGAUGCUGUCUCCAGGUGGAGAGGAUCAGAAUUGAGUUAAAUUAUAGGACACCCAGCUGGUGUCGCAGAGAAUUGUUUGAUGCAGGGAGAAUUCUCCACACACCUGGUGACCAGAAGUGAGUUGUUACAUGUGAGUAGGAUGGAGACUCACGGUAGGGAAAAGCUGCAUGCUUCUCUCCAUAGAAGGAAAAAUCUGCAUUUCUCAUUGCACAUGUAUUGUCUCAUUCCCUCCUUAUUACAACCCUAACGUAGGCAUUUGUUCCUAGUUUUCAGACAAGGAGAGUAGAAGUUUAGGGAGAUUAAGUAAACCUCCCUAAGCUCACACCAGCAAAACGUGAGUCAGGAUUUGAACCAGGGUCUCCCUGUUUCUAGAGCCCAUGGUUUCCACUGAGCACAAAGGUAUGAGGUCAUUGCUUCGCCAGGGGACCUGGGUGAAAGUGCAUGAACUUGGUCCCCAGUCCUAGGAGAAGCAAGGUGGCACUUUAGGGGGUAGAGGCCCACUCCUCAGGCCCUAAAGUGCACAGCUCCAUGAUAGGCAUUAAGACUCACAGAUGGGAGGGAUCCCCUAGUUGUUAGGCCCUGGGCAGAUGGGAGGAUCCAUCCCUGAGGUUGAAUCAUCAAGCCUGGAGCAGGGCCCUCACAACCCCAGGCAGGCACCCUGGUUUGUGUGCAUACUCACCGUCACUUCUGCAUGCUUCUCGGGGGCACCCAGCCGCUCUCAGGAAUCUAUACAAAGAGACUUCUGUGAGCAGAUGACACUGGUGGCAAUGGCUUUAUUGUCAUGAGGAUAAUUAGCUCUGUGUCCUCCUUCUGAAGGGGGCGGGAAGGAGAGAAUAUACAAAGAUAAAACUCACUGGCAAAGGCCACAUAGUCCAAACCAAAGGUAAUGUACACAGCAGUUCUCACUAUAAUGCUUUUGCUCUUCUGUAGGUUUGAGUACGUUUUUAAUUCCCUGUUAUGACUCUCAGUCAGUGAAGCCGCACCGCUCUUUGAAUUCAGGACAUAACCAGACCCAGAGACACAGGAAAGUUGGGCAUGGCCACCCCUGGCCCCAUUCUCUCCUUCCUCCGUGGGGCUGUGAGCUCUGCUACCCAGUUCUCUCCGUCUGGAGUGUUGCCUGGACUAAUUUAGGCCAGAUUUUUUAUUUUGACCACGGACUUUUCAGUUACAUGUGAGAAAAAGAAUGGAUAAGUGGAGAUCUCCCUGCUCCUAAAUAGGUCCUUUUUGGUGCACAUUUAAAGGUUCACACCAGUCUGACCCUGACUCUGAAGACCACUCACUGAGCCUCCUGGCAGGGUCUCAUCCUAGAAGAAUUUGUCCCAAGUCCAAACACCAGCAUUAAAUGCUUACUAAAUGCCAAACACGGUACCAAGCCCAUUACACGUUGUGAUAAUGCGAUUCAGUCAUACAACCAAGAUAUAGUUCUCAUAUAUAUAUUUGGUCUUUGUCCACAGUUCCUGGCUCACAGCUCCCCAAACCUUGCAAUUUCCUGAGCCAUCUUUUGUUACAAUGGUGGCUCUCUUAUGCUCAGUUUCUGAAAUCUCUUCAGAGUCGUAAAGGAGAAAUGGGUGUCCUGUGGUUGAUAACAGGCCCCUUUCCUCCACAAGUGGGCUUCUGUUAAUGAGGGACUUUUGGGAAGCAUGUAAGGAAGAGAGCUGGUUGCCAGAGGGAAGAACCAUGAAUCAGGAAGCAACCUCAUUUCUGGGGAGCGGAGGGGAGGGGCUGGAAGCUGACUCCAGUCCCUGAUGGCCGGUGAUCUGAUCAGUUAUGCUCCCACGUGCUACCAUACUGGUCCCCAAGCUUCACAAAGACAGAAGUCCCUUUGUUUGAGACCUGACUUAUACAGCUCUUCAUCUGGCUGUUGAUUCAGAUCUUUUAAUAUCCUUUGCAAUAAAUCAAUAAUCUAGUGAGUGAACAGGUUUCCUGAGUUCUAUGAGCCACUCUAGAAAAUUAAUUGAGCCCAAGGAGAGGGUCAUAGGAACUUCUUUUUUUUUCUAAUGUUUAUUUUUGAGAGAGAGAGAGAGAGAGAAACAGAGAGCCUUCGGGGGAAGGGCAGUGAAAGGGAGACACAGAAUCUGAAGCAGGCUCCAGGCUCCUAGCUGUCAGCACAGAGCCCGACGCAGGGCUUGAACUCACAUACUGCGAGACCAUGACCUGAGCUGAAGUCGGAAGCCUAACCAACUGAGCCACCAGGUACCCUGGGAACUUCUGAUUUACAGCCAGUGAGUCAGAAGCAUAGGUGUCAACCGGGGUUUGUGAUUGGCGUCUGCAGUGGAGGACAGUCUAUUAGCACUGACUUACCCUGUGCAAUCUGGGUAGAUAGUGUCAGAAUUAGGCUGAAUUGGGGGACACCCAGCUGGGGUCAAGAUAAUUGGAGCUGGUGUCAGGAAAACCCAUGUUCCUACUUUGGGAUUGGGUUCCAGUAUCAUAUUACACGUAUCAAUCCAUGUAAACCACACAAUAAU